AUGGCGCGGCGGCUGUUACGCUUGGCUCAUGUGUAUAACUCGGGACGUCAAUCAAACCUCUUCCGCCGCGUUUCCCGCGGAACCCCCGCCGUCAUCAUCAUGGGGUCGAUGCGCGCCUCUCCUGCCGGCCUCCUUCUCCUCGCCCUUGCCCUAAUCUGUGCAGUUCAGAUGAUGAAGCCAGUGUAUGGCGACGACACGGUGAACCGCAUGGCACACCGCAUGGCACACCGGAGCAUGCUCUCUGCCGCGCAUUCUGAUGGCGCAGUGCCAAAAAGUCUCGACAAGGAAAGCCCCUACACGGGCAGCCCCAACACGGGCAGCCCCAACACGGGCAGCCCCAACACGGGCAGCCCCAACACGGGCAGCCCCACCAAGGGCAGCCCCAACACGGGCAGCCCCAACACGGGCAGCCCCAACACGGGCAGCCCCAGCAAGGGCAAUCCCAGCAAGGGAAGCCCCAGCACGGAUAUUCCCAACACGGGCAGCCCUAGCAAGGGCAAUCCCAGCAAGGGAAGCCCCAGCACGGAUAUUCCCAACACGGGCAGCCCCAACAAGGGAAGCCCCGGCAAGGGAAGCCCCGGCACGGAUAUUCCCAACACGGGCAGCCCCAACAAGGGAAGCCCCGGCAAGGGAAGCCCCGGCACGGAUAUUCCCAACACGGGCAGCCCCAGCGAGGCUUCCAGCACGCAGGUUGCGACGGAGGUGGCGGUGGGAGGGCUGCGGCUGACCUUCAGCAAGCAGCGCUGCGUGAGCGUGCCCAAGAAGGCGAGGCGGAGCAGCGUGACCGUGUGGUGGCACGGCCGUGGGGGCACGAGCAACGGGGGCUACGGCUACGGGUAUUCAAGCCGUGUGGAUCCGGGCAGUGCGGCGGGCAGCGUGGCGGGGAGUGCCUGGUGCGCGCAGGUCAAGUUCUUUAGGAAGGGCGGCUGCCAGGGCGAGGAGGUGGAUAGUGUUGUCAACCCGGGCGCUGCUCCUGCAGCCAAGUGA